AACUCGUUCGACCAUCGUUCCUGUGCGUUUGUUAUUAGCCUGUGUGAAAUGUAAGUCGGCGAUCCAUUAGUUCAUAUGAUAUGUUCAUUCUAUCUUGUUGUUGAACUACUCAAACGCCUUAAGGACACGUGAAGUAACACGGUGGUGGCAGAGUAAUAAAGGUGUCCGACAUUCUGCUGCCACUAGCCCUCCACCACUGAUUCACCACCAUACGUUGGGCAGUCGCCAAGUACUGGCAGAAGCUUUAUAAAGAACAAGGAUGAUUUGAGUGUUUGACAAGUUUAAACACAAGAUACUGAUCCACCAUGUCGUCACCAGAGGUGGAAAGGUUUGAGGUCACCGAGGAUGACCUCGCCAACGAGUUCAACCAAAGACCUGGACGCAGAAUUUCCAAAAACAGAGCCAUAUAUGGAAUGUGGGCAGAGGACAGUGAUGAAGAUGAAAGACCCACUAUGGGAUUCGGUCGAGGGCCUCGAGGAAAGAAAGACUAUGGGGUACCCGUCAGCUUUGUUAGUGGUGGAGUGAAGCAAGGUAGUAAGACUCCAAAGGAAAAGAAAGUAAAAGAGGAGGAUGAGGAGGAAGACGGUGAUGAGAAUUCAGAUUCCGACAAUGGUGGGCCAUCUGUACCCAUCGUCCAGGCUCCUUUAAGGUCCCAGGUUCCUAUAGUACAGCCCCCUUUAAGGUCAUCGAGUGCACCAUUAAAGGGCAAAGCAGGACCCCCUGGAGGCUCGCGAAAGUUUGCUGCAGGCCUUACCAAUCAGGAUAAAGCAUUUGGUGGUUGGGAAAAACACACUAAAGGUAUUGGUCAAAAACUUCUCCAAAAGAUGGGAUACAAACCGGGCGAGGGUCUCGGCAAAACUAGUCAAGGUAUCACUACGCCUGUUGAGGCAGUCAAGCGGAAAGGUCGAGCAGCUGUUGGAGCCUACGGAACAGAGAGGUCAGAAAGGUCACUGCAGGACUACCCUGUGUAUGACUCGGAAGAGGAAGAGGAUAAUAAGUUUCAAUCACAGCUUCAGCAAUGGAAGAAAAAACCAGAGGGCAGUAAGAAGAAACCUAAGUAUGUCUACAAAACUGCUCAGGAACUCAUCGACAUGGGAGUGACAAAGAAACGUCCACAGCUGUCAACAUCAGCCAAGGUCAAGGUCAUCGACAUGACUGGCAAAGAACAAAGAGUUCUGUCAGGUUACCAUGCUAUAGCCCAUCGCCAUGACAGACCUGAACUGGAGGAAGAGCCUGUACCUAGUCGGACCAAUCAGAGGCGAGCAUUUGACCUGCCAGAACUGACCCAUAACCUGACUCUCCUCGUUGACAUGGCCGAAGAGGAUAUUGUACAAAAUGACCGCAAGUUGCGGUACCUGAAGGAUCAUAUCGUGAACAUGAGAUAUGAGAAAGAACGACUGGAUGAGAUUUGUAGCCAGGAGGAAAGACAGAGAGAGAGACUGAGAAAAGUGCUGGACAUUGUUGACACGUGUCAGCAGAGGACCCAGCCAGGCUGUGAUAACCCAAUGUCGUUGUCCGAGUGUGCAGCCAUCUUUAAAUCCCUUCAAGAGGAUUAUUACGAGGAGUACAAAAUGUACGACUUGUCGUCUCUGGCCAUAGCACUUGUCUUCCCUAUGAUGAAGACGCAUUUUACUGACUGGGAUCCCUUGGUGAACCCCGCUCAUGGCUUAGAGACAGUGAGGGAGUGGAAGGCUUUACUAGAGGACUAUACUAACAAACUGGUGGCGGGGCCCCUUACAGGGGGACAGGACAUGGACGUGUAUCAGAGACUUCUGUGGGAUGUGUGGCUGCCAUUUGUCAGAAAAACAGUGUUGACAUGGAACGUCCGGAGCUGUGAUAACUUAAUUGAGCUCUUGGAGACGUGGAUGCCAGUGCUUCCUGGUUGGGUGAUGGAGAACAUCCUCGACCAGCUUGUGUUGCCACGGUUACUACAGGAAGUGGAGAACUGGAACCCGUUGACAGACACAAUGCCAAUUCAUGCAUGGUUGCACCCUUGGUUGCCACUCAUGGGUGAGAAAUUGGAGCCACUGUAUGCCCCGAUUCGACACAAACUUGCAAACGCUCUCAUUAACUGGCACCCAUCCGAUUCGUCAGCGAAGGUCAUCCUGCAGCCGUGGAUGAAAGUAUUCAAGCCGGGCCACACUGAAGCUUUCCUCGUCAAAAAUAUCCUUCCCAAACUCGCCAUGUGUAUGACGGAGUUCACUAUUAAUCCACAUCAGCAGGUCUUGGACGCCUGGCAUUGGGUUGUUGCUUGGCGAGACCUCAUUCCGCCCAAACACAUGGUGACCAUGUUAGACAAGACGUUCUUCCCCAAGUGGCUGCAGGUGUUGUGUAGCUGGCUUGGUAACAUGCCCAACUACGAGGAGAUCACCAAGUGGUAUAUUGGCUGGAAGUCGCUGUUUCCCGACCAAUACAUGUCCAUUCCUGUCGUCAAGGAUCACUUCAACAAGGCCCUGGACAUAAUGAACCGGGCAGUCUCUGGUCACUUCCAGCCCGGAGCCAAAGAGAACAUGGCCUACUUUGCUCACACAGAGAGGAGACAUAUGGCAGACACAUCUGUUCCUCCCCCACCUUUACCCCCUGGUCCCCCUGGUCCCCCUGGUCCCCCAGCCCCUCCCAUGCCACAAGAUUAUCCAGCUGUCAGAAGUUCCACAGCUAGUACUUCCUACCCAGCCAGCUUUAAGGAGUUGGUGGAGAAAAAGGCAGAAGAAAACAACAUUCUUUUCAUGCCAGUGCCAGGUCGUACCCAGGAGGCGAAGCAAGUGUAUCGCUAUGGCAAGCUUCUGAUGUAUAUGGACAGAAGUGUUAUAUUUAUACAGGAAAACAACCAAUGGGUCCCUGUAUCCCUACAAACCCUUAUAGACAAGGCAAUGUAGCACUGGAUAAUAAACAGUGGACUCCCUACAGACUUUCAAUAAACACUGGACUCCCUACAGACCCUCACAGACAAGGCAAUGUAGCACUGGAUAAUAAACAGUGGACUCCCUACAGACCCUCACAGACAAGGCAAUGUAGCACUGGAUAAUAAACACUGGACUCCCUACAGACCUUCAAUAAACAGUGGACUCCCUACAGACCCUCACAGACAAGGCAAUGUAGCACUGGAUAAUAAAUAGUGGACUCCCUACAGACCCUCACAGACAAGGCAAUGUAGCACUGGAUAAUAAACAGUGGACUCCCUACAGACCCUCACAGACAAGGCAAUGUAGCACUGGAUAAUAAACAGUGGACUCCCUACAGACCCUCACAGACAAGGCAAUGUAGCACUGGAUAAUAAACAGUGGACUCCCUACAGACCCUCACAGACAAGGCAAUGUAGCACUGGAUAAUAAACAGUGGACUCCCUACAGACCCUCACAGACAAGGCAAUGUAGCACUGGAUAAUAAACAGUGGACUCCCUACAGACCCUCACAGACAAGGCAAUGUAGCACUGGAUAAUAAACAGUGGACUCCCUACAGACCCUCACAGACAAGGCAAUGUACCACUGAAGAAUAAACAGUGGACUCCCUACAGACCCUCACAGACAAGGCAAUGUAGCACUGGAUAAUAAACAGUGGACUCCCUACAGACCUUCAAUAAACAGUGGACUCCCUACAGACCUUCAAUAAACACUGGACUCCCUACAGACCUUCAAUAAAUAGUGGACUCCCUACAGACCCUCACAGACAAGGCAAUGUAGCACUGGAUACUAAACAGUGGACUCCCUACAGACCUUACAUAAACAGUGGACUCCCUACAGACAUUCAAUAAACAGUGGACUCCCUAUAGACCUUCAAUAAACAGUGGACUUCCUACAGACCUUCAAUAAACAGUGGACUUCCUACAGACCUUCAAUAAACAGUGGAUUCCCUACAGACCCUCACAGACAAAGCUAUGUAGCACUGGAUAAUAAACCAUGGACUCCCUACAGACCUUCAAUAAACAGUGGACUCCCUACAGACCUUCAAUAAACAGUGGACUCCCCACAGACCCUCAAUGAACAGUGAACUCCCUACAGACCCUCACAGACAAGGCUAUGUAGCACUGGAUAAUAAAUAGUGGACUCCCUACAGACCUUCAAUAAACAGUGGACUCCCUACAGACCCUCACAGACAAGGCAAUGUAGCACUGGAUAAUAAACAGUGGACUCCCUACAGACCUUCAAUAAACAGUGGACUCCCUACAGACCCUCACAGACAAAGCUAUGUAGCACUGAAGAAUAAACAAUGGACUCCCUACAGACCCUCACAGACAAGGCUAUGUAGCACUGAAGAAUAAACAAUGGACUCCCUACAGGCCCUUACAGACAAGGCUAUGCAGCACUGUAGAAUAAACAAUUGACUCCCUACAGACCCUCACAGACAAGGCUAUUCCUUUAAAAGUACUGGAUCAAUUUAACAAACCAGGACAAAAGAA